ACAUAGCAAUGCACUAAUACAAUGGCAACACUUACUACAGCACAGCUGUCACAAUUUUGGCUUAAAAGACUCGUAUCCAGGCCAUAAACGCCAAAAAAAAAGCUGUCACAAUUGCAAAACAUUUAAUGACAUCUACAACGUCGGUCAGCGGUCUUCACAAAUCAACAUGGCGUUGAAUUUAAGCGUCAAGAUUCACCCUGUGGUGUUAUUUCAAAUAGUAGAUGCUUACGAGAGGCGAAAUGCAGAUUCACACCGAGUUAUUGGUACUCUGUUGGGCACUUGCGACAAGGGAGUCGUGGAAGUGACGAACUGCUUCUGCGUACCACACAAGGAACAUGCUGACCAGGUCGAAGCCGAGCUCAACUAUGCCAUGGAUGUGUAUGAGUUAAACAGAAGAGUGAAUGCAUCAGAGAAUAUUGUAGGGUGGUGGGCGACUGGCGCGGAGGUGACGAACCACUCGUCGGUGAUCCACGAGUACUACUCGCGCGAGUGCCGCGAGCCCGUGCACGUGACGCUGGACACGUCGCUGCAGGGCGCGCGCAUGGGACUGCGCGCCUACGUCUGCGUGGCGCUCGGCGUGCCGCGGGGCAAGCAGGGCUGCAUGUUCACACCCAUCGAUGUCGGCCUCACUUGCUACGAGCCAGAGAUCGUAGGCUUGAACCUGUGCCAGAAGACGAUGGGCGCGGGCGGUCGGUCGCGGCAGGUGGCGCCCAUGCUGGACCUGGCGCAGGUGGCGGAGGCGGCGAGCUCGCUGUCGUCGCUGCUGGAGCAGGUGCUGGCGCACGUGGAGGACGUGCUCGCCGAGCGCGCCGCGCCCAACAACGCCGCCGGCCGCGAGCUGCUCGAGCUCGUCAACUCCGUGCCCAACCUCGCCGCCGACACCUUCGCGGAUGCCUUCGCCUCCAGUGUCAAAGAUCUACUUAUGGUGGUGACGCUGGCGCAGCUCAUCAAGACUCAGCUGCAGCUCAACGAGAAGCUGACGCUGCUCACCUCGCAGUGAGCCUACUGCUGCCUACUGCUACCCACUGCUGCCUACUGCGCACUGACACCUGCGCGACCUACAUCUACAGACUUCAAUAAAUUAAUAACUCUCAUUUUACACACUUUUUAUUAUGCAAUGAAACUUUGAGUCUUCCUAUUUCUAUAUUUUGCGCUGUGCUUUUUAGAAAAUGACGACUAGAAUGUCAAAUGGACUUUAAACGCCGCCCCAUCUCAACUCAGAGUAAUUAUUACGCUUUAUCCGCAAUCUGAACCGAGCACGGAACCUAGUCCCUGCCUGCUGUGGUCUGACGGCUCUUUGAGGAACGCGCGAAACGCGGUACAUUAAAAAGUUAAUUUCUAAAAUCUGCGGAUUUGCGAGUGAGUGCCUUUAAAAGGUUCGCCUUUCAUAUCAAUAUGCAAAUCAGCAAAUAUUAUUUUUUAACAAACACCCAAGUUUAUGUUGUGCUCGGUAACUAAAACUUAGUGUCCGACCGAAACUUCCCGGCCGAAACCGAAACAGAAUGUACGGCCGUGGCUUCAGUUUCGGCCGGAACCGAAACCGAAACUAACUAAAAUUUCUUUAAAAUACUGAAAUUUGGUGCAUUUUACCUAUUAUUUUUACCGACUUCAAAAUUAAUACAUUAUUUCAUUUAGUUAAAUAGAAAAUAAUAUUAAAAACCAUUUUAUAGUCUUGAAGUCGGUGCCAAGUGAAUCAUCAAAGUCGUACCAAAACAACAAGAGUAUUAGAAAAAUAUAUUGAUCGGUAUCUCCUAAUCAUAAAACUUACAAUACCUAGAUAAUCUUUACACUAUUUUUGUUUUACUUGGCCAAAUGUAUUGUAAUUAAUUUCUACAAAGAAAAUUUAUUUUUUGCUUUUUAGUUUACUUUUUGAAGUCGGAAUAUUUUUGUUAAAAAAUAUUAAUUUCACCAUUUUAAGUGAUAGGCAAGGCAAGCGAGUAUAAUGGUUUUCGAUUGAUGAGAAGACGACGGCUACUUGAGACCGAAAAUCACGGUAAUAGUAGUAGUCCUGAGUUAGUCAAUGUUCAGUGCUGUAAAUCGUUGAGGAAUUCCCUCGACUGUCAAUAUACUUACAUAAUCUGACCUUCAAUAUACUUACAUAAUCCAUAUAGGUGCAAAGUUCUCAUUAAUGUUAAUGAAUUAAGUCCAAGCACAACAUAAUUAAGUGAAUCACAAGUUAAAUCUUACCUUGAGUACCAGUGUUCAACAUUUUUUGUUAACCUAUAAAUACUUAGUGCAUAGUGUUUUGUUUGUAAUGUGUACUUUUCUAAUUAAGUUCUCAGUCAAAUCAGUCAUCUAAAUACUAUAUAAGUAUUGGUAUUUUCCCUUUAAGACUUUGGAUUGUCUUUGUACUUAGAAGAAUAAUCAGUCUCUUUUAGGUACCUACCUCUUAUAUAAAAAUUAUAAUUACUAUCACGACCAGUUCCAGUCUCAACAUAGAUAAUAAAAAC